AUGCACUGUCUUUUGGACCUUCCGAGCGAAAUCCUAUGUCACAUAUCCAAAAAUCUAGCAAACGAUGAGCUUCUAGUGCUCUCCAUCGUCUCAAAGCAGCUUCAUUUUGCUGCACUCACCGUCUACUUUGAUCGGUUCACUGGCGUCAAUGCCCCUACGAACGCACCUGCCAGUAUCUGCCAACCAACUAUAGCUGCAUUGCGCGGGCUUUUGUUGGCACUCUGGGUGAAGAAAUGUGAUUCCGUCUGCUGUACUGUCACCAGUUAUACCCAACUCAGGUUUCUUACGCGCUUCAUCGCAAAGUUGGAGCCGUUCCGCAACCUCCACUUGCGCUUCGGGCGUGGCAUGGAGCCAUACUCCAGAGAUGUCAUAUUUGGGCUUAUAGAUCUAAUGAUUGUCAUCAAGAAACAGGGAUGCGAAGAUAUGCUCAUAACUGGGGGGCACACAGACAGAGCAUGGGUUCCAGGAGUAACAGAUCUGACCCGUGCUUUGCGCUUGGAAGGCGUAGUCAGUACCGUGGAUACUGUUGCCAGAUUUUGCAGGAAAUUAUUUCGCCGUUACAAACGUAACGAGAAUUAUUGGAUCACAAUAACACCGUCCCUCACUACAUUGAAGACAGUCAACCUUUCGACAGACUACUUCUUUGCGCCAUUCAUGAGCACGUGGACCGUCCGGACACUCAAUGAUUCUUCCAUCACUUCGUUAACACUUGACCUUCGCUUUCGCAAUGCGCCAAAGUGGACCCAUAUCUUGUCAAUGCUCCGCCUUCGCCACCUUCGAGAAUUUGUUAUUUCCUCCAAUUCAUUGUCGCUUCAAUGUUUGACGCAGUUUCUGCGCCGUCAUAACGGGCUCACCUCACUGACUACGAAAGGCCUCUCCUUGGAGGACAGUGAGACACAGAACAAAUCGGUCCUCACCCUUAAUGCCCUUCCUAAACUGAGGACACUCGUGGGAUUACCGAAUGACAUCGGGCACAUCCUCCGUCUUCAGCCUAGUUUCAAAGUCUUGAAACAUAUAGACAUCAGUGACCCUGAUGCAGAUGGAUACAUCACAUCUUUGAACGACUGUCUCGACGCGAUGGUAACCAGAGACAAAGUUUACGUGACCUCAAUAGCAAUCAAGACCGAACACAUGUCUUGGCUGCUGUCACAAAGCAGUGCAGAUUCAGAGAGGGUGAUGCCGCUCAUCGCAUCCCUCACAAUUAUUUGGAAGGGCCAAAAUGAAGAGUUGCCCUCGCCUAGUUUCACUGCCGCAUUAGCUGGGUGGGUAGCAUUGUUCCCGAAGCUGGAACAUAUCCACUGGGGAGUGAAGCGCGAUCUCGAAGGAUCGCAAGCCGAAAGAAACAUCGCCAUUGCUAUCAUCAACCGUUGCCCUCGUCUCAAGACCUUGGAAUUGCUGAGAGAUCCUCCUGUCCGUAAGAGGCAACCUCCUCCAGUUGAUGUGUGGCUUAGGGACGGUACGUGUCUUCCUCCUGUUAAACUCCCAAUCUUACGUACGAACUAUGAAGAUCCCUUGUCAAUUAAACAAUUGGCAUGGUCUCAGGACAGUCAGCAUAGUGAGCAAAUCGUGUGUUAUUACGAUUGA